UUCCAGGAAUCUUCUAGGGCAGUGUCUCCCUCCCUCCUCUCCUCCCCUUGUGGUAACGCAAGUGCGGCAGCAGCAGCUUUCCCGCAACUCGCUUUACCCAAGUGAACACAAAGAGAGAAAAACAACCACACUUAAUUACCCCCCCCCCCCUCUCUCUCCCAUCAUCUCGCUCUCCCUGCUGCCCCCUCUUCCUCCGACGCGCGGGAGAUCCAAACGCGCGCGGUCAAUGCGAGAGGCAGUUGAAUCGCUUCCCAUCCCUGCUUCUCGAUCGGCCGUGUCGUCUUAGCUAGCCGAGUCAAAUUCACUCGCAUACACACAGAGAGAAGAGAGAGAUAGAGAGGAAGAGGAGGAGGAGGAAGAGGAGGGAGACAGAUAGGAGUAGUAGUACAUAUAGAUAGGCUCAUCGCGGAUAGAUCCCCGCCUCCUCUUCAGUCUCCCCAGAAAGCAAGCAAGCUCGCACUUCACCGUGUCGCAUCGCAUCUACGCGGCCGAAGAAGCGCUCGCUCCUGAAAGGGAAAAAGGGAUCGAGGAGGAGGCCAAGGGCAGCCCUUAGAGAAGCGAGACAGCUAUGGAGUUCUCCACUUCUUCAAGUAGGUUUUCGAAAGAGGAGGAGGAGGAAGAGGAGGAGGAGGAGGGCGCGUCCCCGCGCGAGAUCCACUUCAUGACAGCCGCCACGAUGGCCAACACCGCGGCCGCCUCGUCGUCCUCUCCUUCCGCGGCGGCUUCGGCGUCUGCGUCCGCGUCGGGUUCGGCAGCCUUCCGCUCGAGCGACGGCGCUGGGGCGUCAGUGAGCGGCGGCAGCGGUGGGAACGACGACGUGGAGCUGAUCGAGAAGGAGCACAUGUUCGACAAGGUGGUGACGCCCAGCGACGUGGGGAAGCUCAACCGACUGGUGAUCCCGAAGCAGCACGCGGAGAAGUACUUCCCGCUGGACGCGGCGGCCAACGAGAAGGGCCUCCUGCUCAGCUUCGAGGACCGCGCAGGCAAGCUCUGGCGCUUCCGCUACUCCUACUGGAACAGCAGCCAGAGCUACGUCAUGACCAAGGGAUGGAGCCGCUUCGUCAAGGAGAAGCGCCUCGACGCCGGGGACACCGUCUCGUUCAGCCGUGGCGCGGGCGACGCCGCGCGCGACCGCCUCUUCAUCGACUGGAAGCACCGCGCCGACGUCCGCGACCUGCACCGGCUGCCGAGCCUCCCGCUCCCCAUGGCGCCCACCGCCUCGCCCUACGGCCAGUGGGGCGGCGGCGCGUGCGGCUUCUUCAUGCCGCCCGCGCCGCCCGCCACACUCUAUGAGCACCACCGCCUCCGCCAAGGCCUGGACUUCCGCAACAUCAACGCCGCCGCGCCAUCCAGGCAGGUCCUCUUCUUUGGCUCCGCGGGCAUGCCCCCGCGCGGGCCCUUGCCGCCGCCACCGCCGCCACCGAUGCACAUUACGGUUCAACCGAGCCCCGCAAUCACGCCCGGCCUGCCCAUGGUACUCGACCCGGUGCCGCUCGUCAACAGCCCGACGGCGACCGCGAAGCGCUUGCGCCUGUUCGGAGUCAACCUCGACAACCCGCAACGAGGCAGCGGCGAGUCAAGCCAUGACGACAACGCAUUGUCGCUUCGGAUGCCGGGAUGGCAAAGGCCGACACCAUUGAGGUUUCUGGAAUUUCCUCAACGCGGCGCCGCGGGUGCAGCUGGAGCCGAGUCUUCUGCAGCCUCGUCGCCAUGUUCAUCGUCGUCCUCAAAAAGAGAAGCGCAUUCCCCAUUGAAUCUCGAUCUGUGAGUGAGAUCGAUCAGGCGACCUAGAUCGGGAGCGUACAAAAGGAAAGUUCAACAACUCUUCCUUCCGUCCGUUACCUUCUUCUUCAUCGUCUUAUUCACCUUUUGAGAUUCCAUUAUAACUUUGAUGAUAGGAUCUAGCGUUUAACAUUUUUUCCAAUUUUUGUUUUGGCCAUUCAAGUUCUUGUGUUGGCUUGACAAUAUAUAGAGAGAAGUUGGGCGAAUUAAUCAAUUAUCAAUGCUUUCAUGUGGAUCCAAAUCUGAUUCAAUUUUUGCUUCACCAUUAUUGCUCAAUCCAUUUUUGUUCGUGCUAUUCAACUCCAUUACUACAUGGUAAUUAACUUACUCUUUAUACAGUUUGGUCGGACAAUUCCGUUUGUCCCUACAUAUGAUAACACACCUUCAAAUCUGCACUCCUCACAGCAUUACUGCCAAGAUCUGAAUCGUAACACCUUAAGUGCGGUGCAAUAUACAUUGUGCCUUUCAUGCAUCAUAUGUAUGAUCUCUUCUCGUCCUAUAUUGGAGUUGCAACCACACAGCUCUCAAAAAGCAUGGCAAGAUAGCGAUAUUGACGGCGGAUUAGCAGCAGGCAAAGCCAUGGGGCUAGCUACGAGCAUUGCAGGUCAGAUGUUUAAAUUCUGAAUCUUCUCAUCUUCUUUCAUCAGUACUGCUCGUCAUCUCUUAUAUUUAUGUUGUUGUGAGCGCUGGAACUUUUGGCUUUUAUUUUCGUGCCUUUGCUGGCCGCCACUUUCUGUACUGUGCUCACUCUUUGUCCAUACUACAUAUAUACCAUGGUGCAUCAUACCAUGUAGUAGAUCAUAUAGUGGGCACUAGGACAAGCAAGAGGGAAGCAUUUUCUUCUUGUGGUUUUACCCAAGGGAAAUGAAAAUUAACCCCUGCAGUGGGCCAAAUUAUGUGUAGAUCGGAUUGUCUGGGCCAAUGGUAUAGACUCUAAGAGUUCUUUAUGGACCUGGCAGUCUGUAAAGAGAGUAAGGGAGGGGCAGCACCAAGCACUUGACACUGGCCUUAACUUCCUUGUACGUAAGGAUUUAUGGGGGAGGAGGGCCUCAGUACUAGCUCUACUGUUGCUUUAGUAGUAGGAACAGUGGUGCGUCGAUGUGCAUCGAUAUAUCUCCUGUAGUAUUAUUUGUUGGUGUUCUGUUUUCUUGUCCUUUGUGUCCGAGACAAUGAGGAAGAGAGAGUGUGUGCAUAUCUCCGUUUCCCCUCUUUUCACUGCAGUGAGUAGGUACGGCGUGUGUGCUUCCUGGGAGCAAUGAGCCAAUGAAGGCAUGCAAGGCCACGUACUGACUCGACAAUAGGUAUCCAUAACUAGCAAGGUGUAGGAGGGGGAUCGUUUUGCACUGGUGAGGCUAGCAUAGAUGUGUAGAUGAUGUGUCUACUGACAAAAGUAUUUUUGGUCCAUUGUAAGCCGGAAAAGGAAAUGGGGAAUUAUGCAUGGGGAGGUAAAAAAGAGCUGCGCAGUGUCUACAUGCAUGUGUCUGCUGCUUCUUUCUUCUCUUUGCAUAUGGUUGUUCACUUCGUCUUUCUUUUCUGGAACUUACUGCACUCAGUCCAUGCUGAACCUCCAACUUCAUACUUCGUGGUUCUGACGUACAUGCAUGGUUGUAUUCUUCUAAGAACAAUGGAUAUACUAGUAGACCCUCCA